UCUUGAAUUGUCUGGAGCAGAAGCGGCAGCGGACUUUGGAGGCUGGAAAAUCAGCGCGUCCUAAUUUCGAGAGCCAUAUUAGUUACAAGGAUUAACGGCGUUUCCAGUGGUUGCACUCGUCAAAUGAUCAUAUUUCGAUGAGGACGUCUGUUGAAGAGGUUUAAGCAGAGAGCACCUCGCAGUUCUACUCUGUUUUUGCCUUCUGGAGCGGCGGACCGAUCUUCGGCUGUGGCCUGGCUGCUUGGUGCGACUAUUAGGCAAUAUUCAGGCUACCGCGCGGAGUUGGGACAAAAUACAGACGCAAGGCAUUUCACUCUGGUGUUGGGAAAUGGUUGCCACUUUGACGUUUUCAUGCAAUGCUAAGCGGCACACCGAGGACAAGUUUGAUUAGAGGACGGAGUGCGCUCGAUUUCCAAUCCGAUGGAGAUUGUCUCUGUCCGGUUUUGGCUCGGGUUCCCUGUUCCGCUGCUCUGACAAAACGAUCGUUCCAACAAAGCCACGUUUGUUCCUUACGAUGCUGCAGCGUGUCAAACGUAUGUUAGUGUUGGCUUGAAUGUCAGGAAGAAAUCGCCUACCAUUGCUCAUCUGUAAACGUGGAAAUUCCAAGUUCCCCCUCCCCCCUCUUUCGGACUAGUGAAGCUUGCAUUACCCGGGAUAUCUUUGGAUUGAGCUGGUUGUAAAGAUGUCCUGCUUGCAGAGACAGACCUCCUCCUGACUCUGCCGCUUUGAGGAUUUUUUUUUUUUUGUUUGUUUCCUCGUAUUUUUUUCUUUUUACCUUUUUCUUAUCUGAGUAUCAGAUUCGGAUGGAAAAUGGGAGACGCCACCAAAUUGGCCCUCGCCGUUUUCCUCAUCUCCUGUUCUUCAGGCGCAAUCCUGGGACGUUCAGAGACUCAGGAGUGCAGUUACUACAACUCCAGCUGGGAAAAGGAACGUACCAACCGGAGCGGCAUUGAACCAUGCUACGGCGAUAAGGACAAGAGGCGCCACUGCUUCGCGACAUGGAAAAAUAUUUCUGGUAGCGUGGAGGUAGUCAAGCAGGGCUGCUGGUUGGAUGACAUCAACUGCUAUGACAGCAAUGAGUGCGUGGAGAGGAAAGAGAAUCCCGAUGUUUUCUUCUGCUGUUGUGAAGGCAACAUGUGCAAUGAGCGCUUCCUGUAUGCACCUGAUACAUCCCCACAAAGUGACACACACCAGUCAACAGCCUACACCACAUCCAACCCCUUUUCCCAAAAGCCUCAGCUCUUCAGCACCCUGCUUUACUCCCUGGUUCCGAUCAUCGGACUGGCCGCUGUCGUCCUCUUCUCUUUCUGGAUGUGGCGCCACCACAAGUUGGCCUAUCCGGCGGCCCUCGUUCCUACACAUGAUCCUGGCCCUUCACCACCAUCUCCUAUCCUGGGACAUAAACCGUUGCAGCUGAUUGAGGUGAAGGCUAGGGGGCGCUUCGGCUGCGUAUGGAAGGCCCAGCUGCUUAGCGAAUAUGUGGCUGUGAAAAUCUUCCCAAUUCAGGACAAACUUUCAUGGCAGAAUGAGUAUGAGAUUUACAGCAUGAGCGGCAUGAAGCACGAAAAUAUCCUACACUUCAUUGGCGUGGAAAAGAGGAACAAUAACCUCGACUUGGAGUUAUGGCUCAUCACCACUUACCAUGACAAGGGCUCACUGACAGAUUAUCUGAAGGCCAACGUAGUUUCCUGGAAUGAGCUCUGCCACAUUACUCAGACGGCUGCCCGAGGCCUGGCCUACCUCCACGAAGAUAUCCCAGGACACAAAGAUGGACACAAGCCCUCCAUCGCUCACAGGGACAUCAAGAGUAAGAAUGUGCUCCUGAAGAACAACCUGACCGCUUGCAUCGCUGACUUUGGUCUUGCGCUUAAAUUUGAAGCUGGAAAAUCAGCAGGGGACACUCAUGGACAAGUGGGAACGCGGCGUUACAUGGCUCCUGAGGUCCUCGAGGGAGCCAUUAACUUCCAGCGUGACUCAUUUUUGCGCAUUGACAUGUAUGCCUUCGGGCUUGUCCUGUGGGAACUGGCGUCGCGAUGCACUGCUUCAGACGGCCCUGUAGACGAGUACAUGCUGCCGUUUGAGGAAGAGGUGGGUCAGCAUCCGUCUUUGGAGGACAUGCAGGAGGUAGUUGUGCACAAGAAGCUGCGACCCUGCCUUCGAGACUGCUGGCAGAAACACACGGGUCUAGCCAUGCUCUGUGAAACAAUUGAGGACUGCUGGGACCAUGAAGCCGAGGCCCGACUGUCUGCCGGGUGCGUAGAGGAACGCAUCGGCCAAAUGCAGCGACAGGCCCCCAUCAUCGGGCCUGAGGAGAUUGUCACCGUUGUCACCAUGGUGACCAAUGUGGACCUCCCACCCAAGGAGUCCAGUUUAUAAUCAGCCAAUGUACCGCCGGGGAUUUUGGGAAGGUGGACCGCGACCCUGGUUGAUUGGCUGCAUUCUCCUCUUCCAGCCUGGUUUGUUCGUCAUUGUUUUUUGUACCGGCCGCUUACUCGCGCUCAGGACAUACCAUGUGCCCACCUCACCUCAUCAAUUGAUCUCCACAUCAUGUCGACAUGUGUGCCUGAGGAUUUAAGCAGUUUAAACCAUUCAGGAUAUUUAUGACUGAGCAAGCGAGUGACGGUACUGCAAUGCCGAGAGACUAAACAAACAGUUCAGUUGGAUUAUGUUUUUAUAUAUGUGCAAAGGUCAACUGGAUCUUCUACAGUGAGAAAAGUCCUUGCAGACGAAUUUCACCAAACUCUCAAAGCAUUAAAAAAAAUGGGCAUGUGGCUCUUGAUACCUUUGCUGUUUUCUUGUGCAUUUUUUUUUUGAAGAAUCGACUAACAUUCUGCCAAUAAGCAAUGGCUUUUGAAUGUUUAUAGUGUAAUGCUGCUGUACAUAGUGUAUUAUGGACCCAGUCAACUUGUUACUCCAUUUUAUUUUAAGGGGAUUGGGUGGGAUGGGGUGGAAAAGUGCCGGGGAUCCAUUUUUCAAGCAUUACGAUGAUUUAAAAAAAAAAAAAAAACCAUAGACCUCCUUCAACCAGGUAUACCUCAGUUCAGAUGGACACAUUAGUCCCUCUCACUGUUCACAGUUACUGCUCACUCACCCUCUUCACAAGCUUCAUUGCAUCGAAACUUUGUAACCCUUGUUGGUGCUCAUGGGUAACGUAGUCAGCAGACUCUCUGUAGACAUGGCUGCACAUCAGCAAGUGUUUCUGCUCCUUUGCUUGUUGAUUAAAUACCUUGUCCUUUUUGUUAGUAGGGUUUAUUUUCCGAGUGGUUUAGUUUAGCACUGCCUCUUUGUGUUUGCUACAAAAUCAGAAGGUAGCAAUCAAACUCUUGAGCACUGUCAAGUUUUUUUCCUUUCUUUUGUGAAAUCACUUUUGUAGUGUCUGAAUCUUUUUAUAUAGCCUGAUUGACACAUUAAAUAAGCCCUUGUUUAUAGUUGAGGUUUUAGGUGCAGUGUUGACAAAAGUUACAAAGGUACCAGCCCUGUUUUGGAAUUGUAUUCAGCAGAGCCCGCUCUAUUCUUUGUUUGAUUGCACACAUCUCAUUUGACUACUAUUAAGGGUUUCCCCUCUCUGUUUAUACGCCUCAGGAAUCUUUGCUACCCAUCUUCCUCAGUUUGUUUGGGUCGUGACUUCCUGUGCUCCCCCUCACCUCAUCUCGACCCUAAUGCUGGACAGUAAAGUCACAAGACUGCCGGUCUUCGUUCGAUUCAGGUUCUGGUUACAGUGUGAGCUUGCUGACCGAUGUGUUCAGCGCUGGUUAUGACUUUUAGGGUGCAGCUUUCAUAGUCAAUUCAUAAGAGUAUUAACAAUCCAGGUUGGGUUCCCACCAAACAAAACUGCCAGUCAUGUGCUGUUUCGUGUUUUGCUCCCAUGUCGCCACCCCAAACCAAAUACAUCGCGUCUGUGCCACCAUCAGAUGAGAGGAGACAGGGAGCGCAUCUUUCAUCCUGGUGCCAUUUCUUCCACUAUAGUUCCUCUUGUAGAUGUCAGGCCAAACGGAUGUAUAUUGUCACUGUUGUGGUAGCAACAGUGACUUUUUUUUUUUUCUUCUCAAACUUUUUUUUUUUUUUUUGCGCCGAUGGAUUUCAAACACUGGUGCCGGUAAAACUGCAGUCUCUCCUCGAGCUUUGGGGUUGGUUUCAGAUGAUGCAGUUUGAAAUCAACAGUUUGCCAUAUUGAAAGCAUCUAUAAAUGAGAAGCACUGGCGCUGUGGACUUUCUUUUUUUUCCCCCCUCCUUUUUGUCUUUAAUUCAGUCUUUAUGUUUUUUGAAUGUACAGUGGAGCCCAAGCUUGAAACAAAACGUAUGCACAUUUCAGCAACAUCGUAGACCUGAAGGAAGUCAAAGCCAUCAAUGAACUUUGUUACUGUAGCAUGACCUUUGCAUCAGUGCAACUUCCCUCUUCUGUUGCUGCCGUUCCUAGAUUGGAUUGUUGGUAUUGCCCUCAGAAAGCCUGAACCCUUGAGGAAGGCGCUAAACAGGGAUUUCAAGGGGUAGUAAGUGUGGCAAGUAAACCAAAAUCUCCUGUCAUAAAGUUUUCCGUUUCACAUGGCUCAAGCUAUUUUACUGUAACCCUCCCUAAAAUGGAAAAUGAUCUGUAGUUUCUGCUUGCAUCCACAUUUUUUCAGUGGGAUUUGAGUAUUGGCGCAUUUAGUGGUUUUAAACUGCAUCAGUGAAACUAUCCCAAAACACCAUUCAGGGAUUCAGUACUAUGCUGUUCUAUGUUCUGGCAAGUUAUAUGCAACCAGUGCCGUAAUCAACUCAACACUUGAGCUGCAAGAGUGACUUUCACUAUACACACAAAUAACUUGUAGCAUUUAAUUUAGAUUUUAAUCCUUACAUAUUGAUGUUGUAUUUAUUUUUUACUUACAAACAUGAAGUUUGGGGCUCGUAGCUCAGGUGCAACUCAAAGCUAUGAGCUGCCACGAGUUCUGCUUGUUGUUUGGUGGUAAGGGGUUGGGGAUGUCCUUACUCGUAAUUCAAAUAAGUACUUUCGUUGAUGAAGAUGUAAACUGCUUCCUACUCUUUAGUCUUUGGACAAAGAUGAAUGUUGUUGCGACUCCUGGGUUCUGGUGUGCCGGACUUUGACUGAUCAGGCGUGGCCCGUGUACCUAUAGAGGACUCCACUUUCAGAUGACCGUCAUGUGAUUGUGCUGUUACGGUAGAAAAGGGUAAAACUGAUAAGAGGUUCAUUCAUACAACUCUUGAUAAAACCAGAAUCAGCAAGUGGCCCAUUUGAGCUAACCACAGAAAGCAGGACAUCAGUUGUCUUUGUGAAGCACUUGAUGAAUCCAAAAUGAAGUCAUAGGGGACAAUCUUUAAAACAGCUCGACUUCUGUGGCUCUGCUGUGAUCUCGCUGCUCAAUCAGAACAUUUAAAUGUGUAUGAAUGGAUUUUCCUACCAGAAAAGCUUUACAUUUUUCUAUCCUGACUUCCUCCAGCCCAGCGGCUUAUAUUGCUGUGCUUCUGAAUUCCAGUGAAUCAUUUGUCUUAUAGCCCUGCUAUUUGAAACAGUCGAGGACCUGUACAGACAUGAACGUAUUAAAUCAACUAUAUACUCUGAGCUGAAUCUUUAUAAGUGUGUGUGAAAAUAUGUUUCCUAUACAUUCAUUUAUACUUCGUGUUUUGGUUUCAACUGUCCAUCACAAUUGAGCUUUGUGUAAGCUAGAAGCUAAAGACUCAUUGGAGUAUAUUGCAAGUCAUCCUAGAAAUCACUUAUAGUGGUGUUCCUCUGAGAAUCUGUGCGGUUUCCCUGACAGUUGCAAUACUCUGAUGAAAUCAUCUGCUCCUGGUGUUCCAUUCCACCGCUUAAACUUCCUGCUAGUCCCUGCUAUGUUGUUAAGAAUUCAAGAGGAAACAUUGAUCUCUGAUGACCUUGUUACCAAGACUAUGUUGCCAGGUCAGAAAUUUGACGGGGGGGGAACAAAAACACUACAAGUUUAUGAUCCCACUGUUCUUGUGGUUCUCUGAAAUGCAGCGCUGAUCAAAGGUAUGCAGCUUCUCAUACUUGUUCCCAUUAGAAAUCCUUACAUGGGAUGUUUUUCUUUCGGGUCACUGGUCAUCAAAAUAGAUACAAGAUGGAAUAUGUGUAUCGUUGGUGACAAAGAUACGAAAGCAAUCAGAAACUUAGGACAUGCUCUGAACGAGACUAAACUGAUCUGUGAUCAGCGCUGUAUCUGGUGUGAGCCGGUGGAGGUUUUUAAUCAGUUGAAGUGAUCUAUGUGAUGUAAAUAAAUGUUUCUAGAUUGUGAAAUUUAAAGUAGUGGUCUUCUUCAUUUCUCUGCUCAAGCUUUAAUUCCAUUUUAUUUUUUAAUGGAAUCACAUCUCUUUCAGCAAAGCAAAAAGUACUUAUUGGAAAUACGCUUAUGUGACAGCAAGCGGACCGUUCUGGAUGUCUUAGAAAUUGUUUUGCCAGCAGGCUUCAUCAGUUCACCAAUUUAUUUGAAAUCGUCAAAGUACAUUAGGUACAGUUGUGCAUUCUAGCCUACACAUCACCCCCCCCGCCCCCUUCUGUUGACUGACAUGGAUUCAAAAGACGUAUUAAUAAUAUGUUGUGCCAUGAUGAAUUGUUU